AUGCUCCCAGCUCUUCGUAACGCUAUUUUGAAUAUUGAACCCUUUUCAAACGAUCCUGAUCAUAAGAAAGCUGAUGAAAUAACAUCUUCGUAUCCAGUCCGAGCUCUGGAAGCGUUGCAGUCAGUGUUUGCUCAUCUAGUUGGAUACGAACUGGACUCGUAUACCCCAGCUGAAUUCUGGAGUACUUUCAGAAUGAGUAAAGAAAUGGUUCAUCUCAAUGAGCAGCAAGACGCGUUAGAGUUUUACAACUCAGUCGUUGAGUUCGUUGAUGAAGGAAUGAGCAUGUUGGGUGGUGAAAAAAUAUGUGAAAACACAUUUGGUGGCCUGUUCGCGGAUGAAAAAAUUUGUAAAGAUUGCCCUCACAGAUACUCGAGGGAAGAGCCAUUCACCUCCAUAUCUAUCGAUGUGCAAUCGCACAAUAACCUUCUCGAGUCAUUAAAAGAAUAUGUAUUGGGCGAUGUUUUGGAGAACGAUAACGCCUAUUUCUGUGAGAAAUGUCAAAAAAAAGUUCGAGCAAUCAAGAGACUAACUAUCCAAAAACUGCCUCCAAUAUUAGUGGUGCAGCUUAAAAGGUUCAAGUUUGAUUGGGAUAAAGAAGUACCUGUCAAGUUCAAUGAUUAUGUUGAAUUCCCUUUCGAUUUGGAUAUGAAACCUUAUACAGCCGAGGCCGCUGCAAAAGUUGAUGCUCUAGGUGAUACUGAGGAAGACAUAGUUUUAGAAGAAGAGCCAUCUGAUUGCAUGUACUCGUUACGAGGAGUUGUCGUUCAUUCAGGAUCUGCUACUGGUGGUCAUUACUAUUCUUUCAUAAAAUCUUCCGACGAUGGAAAGUGGUAUAAAUUCGAUGAUACUGAAGUUAAUCAUUACGAAUGUGAUAUCAAAGAUGUUCGCUCUAAAUGGUUUGGUGGUAAUAUUAAAUAUGCUGAUGACGGAAGCGACGAUAUGUCUUCGAAGAAACGAGGGAGAUGUUGGUGGAAUGCCUAUCUCCUGUUCUAUGAAAAAGUGGGAACCGCUGACCAAGAGUGUUCUGCUUCCUCUACUUCUUGUAGAACUCCUACUUCGGGUCGUACUAGUGCUGAUUGCUCAGGACAAGCUUCCGUUUCUAUUGCUAAUCCCUUAACUGUCGAUGCAUCUGUAUCUUCAAUUUCUUCCAGGCGGAGCAGCACAGGCUCUCCUAUCACCAGGCUUCACAAACAUUUUUCCACAAUGUCGUUGAGCAGUAAAAUGAGGCAAAUGCCUCCUAGACUAGAAGUGAUGGUUCGACAGCAGAACACGAAGAUAAUGCACGAACGUAAUCAAUACAAUGUCAACUAUUUCCGUUUUCUCAAAGAAAUAACACUGCGAUCUGUAACAUAUCAAACUGAUACGUAUAACCACAUUCUCUUCGUUCACAUCAGCGAACUAUUUGCGAAUUUUCUGGUUUUUACUUGCCUACAUGCUUCUGCUGAACUUAGGAACGACUAUAAUGAUCGUAACACAAUACUAUGGAAUCAUGUGUUAGACCGGCUGGUAGUUGUAAAAACAUGUCGCUUAUGGCUGAUGUCACAUAUACUCAUAAGCGAAGAAAUUUUACGUGUAUUUUUGAUUGAAGCUAAAGAUCCAGAGGUUCGUCAACUCUAUGCCCGAAUAAUCAGUAAAAUCUCCCUGGCGUCAAUUGAUCAUAAAGAUACAAUAGCAGAUGCAAAAACUUAUAACGCUUUACCCUUCCAAAGGGCUCUUGCAAUGUAUGGAAAAGAGAACUUGAGAGAUUCCACUUGUGUCGUUGAGAUGUUAAUAGAGGUUGUAUACAAUAUGAUAAGUAAUGAUAAAGAGAAAAGAGGAAUGGAAAUUUACUCAGUUCUCCUUAUUUUCAUCAUAGAGCCGGCACCGAAACCACAACUAUACCUUUCACUUGUUCGUCGCGGCAUUUUGUUUUUACUAUUGCGGAUCUAUGAAACCCCUGUAAUGCAAUGUUUCGCAGCUAUUCACAAUGGGAUACAGAACUAUCUACGCUUGCUGUUAGGUCUAUUGAGAACUAUUGACUUACGAACUUAUUUAUCUGUUCGAUUACCAGGGGCUCCCGCCCUAACUACUCCUUGCCCGUAUAUGUUAGCAGAACUUAAAGAGCGUAUUCCUAUCAAUGAUAUUGUAUGUCCAAGUGACUUGCAAGAUGCGAUAUAUGCUGUUCCUAGUUAUAAUUUAAUGACUCAUUUAAUGAAUGUAUUUGCAUCUGGUGACUUGCGUGUACAAGGUUUUAUGAGAGAGACAUUCCUUUACUUCUGCUGGAACAAUGAGAUUAUAACUGCAAGAGCUUACGAAGUUCUAAUGCGAGCUUUAAUGCAAGAUGAAAGAAAUCCCGAAGUUUUAACUGAACUUCUUGUGACCCUUUUCUGCGAUCUUAUACAGAUGAACGACGAGCUCUCUCGCUGUGGUGUUUGGCUGCAGUAUCUGUUAUUCAGCUGUGAGAUUUCGGUGUACCACCCACGAUCAGGCGAAAGUGGACUUCUUUCUAUAGUCCAUGAGCCCAAUAAGCAAAAACAGGAAAACCUUAUCCGUAUUAGCACUGUGCUCUUAGAGCGUUUUGAAAGUGAAAUACCAUAUGUGAGUUUACUUUCUCGUGCUCCGGCAUUACUUCAUUUUGCUAACGAGAUGUUUUCAAUUAUAAUUUCUCGAUAUACCUUUCAUGAACAAGGAGAAGUAAAGCAAUCUGCUAACAGGAUGGUUCCGAAUAAAAACGAUCUUGUUGCCCGUUUGGCUAACGUCUGUAAGUAUCUCCGAACAAUGGUGGACGCGGAAUCUUGUAAUGAAGAAAAUGAGGAUAAUCAAUUAGAAUCUUCUAUCAUCAAUUCUCCGAAAGCUUCAAUCACCACUCCUCAAUCUGGAGAGAAAAGACCAUUUCCUGAUGACGACUCUCCAACAACUCGUAGAGAUAGUAAAAAAUUCAACGACGGAUCAAAAAUCGUUUCCAACGACUUUCCAAUAACUGCUGAGGUGGAUGAUCCUGAGCUUCUUAUGGCUACAAGUAGGAGUGCAAUUGAAGAUAAGAAACCCAUGGCUCCUCCCCCGGCAUAUGAAGAAAACGUUUUUGAUUCCUCCAAGUGA